AUGGGGAAGCCUUUCCAAAGAAUCCAUGCCUCUAUAGCAGGUAAGUUCGAAGACGGCGUCGGCGAGAAGAUCCCACAGUGGAUUCGGGCAAAUGGAGGGCAGUUCUCGAGAGACGUGAAUUCUCGAGUUACCCAUCUCAUUGCCACAAAGGAGGCUUUCAAGAACAAUGCAGUCUCAGUGGCAACUGCGAAGAAAAUCAACACCGUCAAGAUCGUCUCAUACGAUUGGCUUGAAGACUCGCUAUUGUCAGCCACCCGCCGGCCAAAGCCCGAAGGGCCAUAUCUUUUGAAGAAUUUGAUGAAACCCGAGAAAAAGGAAGCCCAGAAGAAGAGGGCCAUACCACAGUCCUCAAAGGGGCUCAAGGAGAUCAAAGCAAAAGCUCCAAAACGUCGGAUAGCUGAUCCUUUUAUCGGCCCAAAGGGCAAAAGCAAGCCGGUGCGUCAGGUGUACCAGGACAGAAAGACCAACAUCAUUUACAGCACUACCUUAUUCCGCCCAUCAAAACCUCCAGUCACUAGCAGGGAGAAAUAUCAAUUAACCGUUUUUGAGUCCACCGCCGACCCACGCACCUACUCGACCUACGCCAAAUUCAGCCGAGUUGGUACAUCCAAUGUCGAACUUCUGGCCGGCCCAAGGUGCAAGCUCGAGCUUGCCGUGGACAAAUUCAAGCAAUUCUUUCAGGAACAGACUGGCAAGGGAUGGGACGAAAGGGCAAACGGAAAGAUGCCACCGCCAAAAAGUGACCAAGAUGGCAAAAUAUUGCCAGUUCACGAGGGCUGGUUCUAUCUUGAGGAAAAGACGACCAUUAUUGGUGCAUUCCUCAGGGAACACCAGAGAGCAAGUCCUCAAAGAUCGACUGCCGACACCCCAUACGACGGUACCCAAGGGGAUCAUAUCGUGGACAAGAUGACAAACCGUCAAAUCGAAGAUGGGGGCCAAGAUAGAUCCGAAGCUGAUGAGGACGACAAAAUGAACAGCUAG